AUGGCUACAUUUCCAUUGACAAAAGUAGAAUUACAAACUGAUGUAUACAUGGUAUGCUUACAGCAUGCUUUAUCAACAGAAAGAUUUGAAGUAAUGGGUCUACUAAUUGGGGAUACAGAAUUUGGUGUUGCAAAAAUUGUAGCAGUUAUUAUUUUAAGACGUUUGGAUAAACAGAAAGACAGGGUAGAAAUUUCACCUGAACAGUUACUAAAAGCUGUUGCUGAAGCAGAUCGGUUAAGGGAAGAAUUAAAACGACCUGUGCAUGUUCUGGGAUGGUACCAUUCUCAUCCUCACAUUACAGUUUGUCCAUCACAUCUUGAUGUUAGAACUCAAACAACUUACCAGAUAAUGGACAAUGGUUUUGUGGGUUUAAUAUUUUCAGUAUUUUCAGAAAGCAAAGAAUCUAAGGAACAAGAGAUUUCUUUAACUUGUUUUCAAUCUCACAAUGAGAAAGCAACAGAAAUUCCAUUAGAAAUAGUACACACACCAAUAAUAUCAAAUACAUGUUUAAAAACAAUGACAGAUUUGUUAAAAAUAUUGGUGCAAGAAGAAGAAGAAAUGGCAGAAACAUACAAAGAUCAUCAGGAUAUUCUUGCCAGCAUACAUAAUAAUGCUGUAAGAACACGGACAUUGGUUCACAUAACGGAUAUAAUUACUAAGCCUUUGGUACUGACAUUUGAGAAAAGGAUAGCUUUAAAUAAAUUACGCGCUGCGUAUCUUCGGAGACAACUACAAGAAUUACAAAAAGUGUGCAGUGGAUGA